CAGUGUAGGCUGAACCGCUGUAGGGGGCGGGUGGUGAAGGCGGCGAGAGGCAGAACAGCGGUCGAGUGGCUGCGGUGGCUCCUUCUGGGCGCUGACGGCGUUGCUGGCCGCGUCCAUCGCUCUCAAAAUGGCGGACGAAGCUGACGAAGGGCCUGGAGUGGGAGCGGCAGGAGCAGCAGGAGGUCGGGUCCCCAUGCGGCCCCAGGAGCGAGCCAUGUGGUGCGAUGAAAGAUUCAGCUUCCAAUCUGCAUUCUUACAAUGCUUGGCAAAACACGUGCCAAAUAUUUACUCAGCUGAAAUGGACCCCUUGCUGGAGAAACAAGAAGAAAUGGUCCAGGCAGCAAUAUUGUACCCCCUGGAAUGUUACUUGUUUGGGGAAGACCCAGAUAUAUUCCUGGAGAAACUACAACAGAGUGGAACCUCCCAGCUCUGUGGGAAGGUGUUCAAAGGAGGGGAGACAACAUACUCUUGCAGAGACUGUGCAGUUGAUCCAACAUGUGUACUUUGUAUGGACUGCUUCCAGAACAGCAUUCACAAGAAUCACCGGUACAAGAUGCAUAGCUCCACUGGAGGAGGAUUUUGUGACUGUGGUGAUACAGAGGCAUGGAAGACUGGACCACUGUGUACUAAACAUGAGCCUGGAGCAUCAGGUUCUGCAAAAGAAAAUUCAGAAUGUCAAUUGAAUGAAGAAAUUGUGGAGCACUCUAGGAGGGUGUUUCCCUCUGUCAUAAAAUACAUUGUAGAUAUGCUUAUAUGGGAAGAAGAGAAGGAGCUGCCUCCUGAGCUUACAGUUAGUAGAGAGAAGGCAGACAGCUACUACUGUGUCCUUUUCAAUGAUGAACAUCAUUCUUACGAUCAUGUCAUCUAUAGCCUGCAAAGGGCACUUGGCUGUGAACUUGGUGAAGCCCAGUUGCAUACCACUGCCAUAGAUAAAGAGGGUCGUAGAGCUGUUAAGGCAGGACAUUAUGCAUCUUGUCAGGAGGCAAAAGAAGAAAUCAAGAGGCAUUCUGAAAAUGUUUCUCAACGACCACUUCAUGUGGAGGUUCUGCAUGCUGACGUUAUGGCUCACCAGAAGUUUGCCUUGCGCCUUGGUUCUUGGCUGAACAAGCUUAUGAGCUAUUCAAGUGACUUUCGCCAGAUCUUUUGUCAAAUAUGUCUCCAAGAAGCUAGAUCUGAAAAGCCAUGCUUCAUAAGCAAGUUGAUGCUGUGGGAUGCAAAGCUUCAUAAAGGGGCAAGGAAAGUUCUUCAUGAACUUAUCUUCAGUAGUUUUUUCAUGGAAAUGGAAUACAAAAAACUUUUUGCUAUGGAAUUCGUGAAGUAUUACAAGACAUUGCAAAAAGAAUACAUCAGUGAUGAUCAUGACAGAGUUCUCUCUGUGACAGCGCUCUCAGUUCAGAUGUUCACUGUACCUACUCUGGCCCGACAUCUUAUUGAAGAGCAAAAUGUAAUCACCGUCAUUACAGAGACGCUGCUAGAAGUGCUUCCAGAAUACCUAGACAAGAAUGACAAGUUCAACUUUCAAGGUUACAGUCAGGACAAACUGAAUCGGGUAUAUGCUGUAAUAUUUGAUCUAAGGUAUGUCCUAGUCAGCAAGCCUACGUUAUGGACAGACCGUCUGAGGGAUCGUUUUUUAGAAGGAUUUGUUUCUUUCCUAAGGAUUCUUACUUGCAUGCAGGGAAUGGAGGAGAUAAAAAGACAGAUUGGUCAGCACAUAGAGGUGGACCCUGACUGGGAAGCAGCCAUUGCUAUACAGAUGCAGCUCAAGAACAUUCUUUUGAUGUUCCAGGAGUGGUGUGCCUGUGAUGAAGAGCUGUUGCUCAGGGCCUACAGAGAAUGUCAUAAAGCUGUGAUGAGGUGCAGCACAAAUGGUCGCUCACGGGAGAAGACAGUGUUUCACUUGUGUGGCCAUACUCUGGAGAGCAGACCUUACAGAGUGUCUGCAGAUCCUGUCAGCAUCCAUUUACCGCUCUCUCGGACUCUUGCUGGUCUUCAUGUACGACUGAGCAAGACUGGAGCCAUCUCAAGAUUACAUGAGUUUGUUUCACCUGAAGAGUUUCAAGUGGAGCUUCUAGUAGAAUAUCCUUUGCGAUGUCUCGUCUUGGUUGCUCAGGUUGCUGCAGAGAUGUGGAGAAGGAAUGGACUGUCCUUGAUAAGCCAGGUAUUCUAUUACCAAGAUGUUAAAUGCAGAGAAGAAAUGUAUGAUAAAGACAUCAUCAUGCUUCAGAUAGGUGCAUCUUUUAUGGAUCCAAACCUGUUUCUCCUGCUGAUGCUGCAGAGAUAUGAGCUUGCUGAUGCUUUCAAAAAGAUGAAGCCCACCAAAGAUCAAGAUUUGAUCAAACAAUAUAACAUAUUAAUAGAAGAGAUGCUGCAGAUUCUCAUCUAUAUUGUGGGUGAAAGAUAUGUGCCUGGAGUGAGUAAUGUGACAAAAGAUGAUGUUACCAUGAGAGAAAUCAUCCAUCUGUUAUGUAUUGAACCAAUGGCUCACAGUGCACUUACGAAGUCCUUGCCUGAAGAUGAGAACAAUGAAACUGGCUUGGAGAAUGUAAUUGAUAAAGUGGCUACAUUUAAGAAACCAGGUGUGUCUGGCCAUGGAGUUUAUGAACUGAAAGAUGAAUGCUUAAAGGAGUUCAAUAUGUUCUUUUAUCACUAUACUAAGACUCAGCAUAGUAAGGCUGAACAUACACAAAAGAAAAGAAGAAAACAAGAAAACAGAGAUGAAGCACUGCUGCCACCACCUCCUCCAGACUUCAGUCCAGCAUUCAGCAACGUGGUGAGGAUUCUGAACUGUGAUGUUAUGAUGCACAUACUGCGGACCAUUCUUCAGAGGGCAGUAGAACUGGAAACCCACUUAUGGACUGAAGCUAUGAUCCAGAUGGUGCUUCAUAUCCUUUCUUUAGGGUUACUAGAAGAAAAGCAGCAGUUGCAGAAGUCUCCAGAAGAAGAAGUAGCCUUUGAUUUUUAUCACAAAGCAACACGAAUGGGAAGCUCGGCCUUGAAUGCUGUGAAUGUGUUAAUGCUUCUGGAAAAAUUGAAGAGAGUUCCUCAGUUAGAGGCACAGAAGGACACAGUCAAUUGGAUACUGAAGAUGUUUGACACAGUGAAAAGAUUGAGAGAAAAGUCUAGUUUGACAACAGUAAUGACUACAUCAGGCUCAGAAGCUACAAAAGGUGAUGAGACACAGAGCACUCAGGAUAAAGAGAAAGCUGAGCGGAAGAGGAAGGCAGAAGCAGCUAGGUUGCACCGUCAGAAGAUAAUGGCCCAGAUGUCUGCACUACAGAGGAAUUUUAUUGAAACCCAUAAGCUCUUGUAUGAAAACACGCUGGAGGCACAGGGAAAAGAAGAUGCUAUUAUGGAGGAAGAAAGCAUGGCUUCAGCAGUUGAUUACUCAAGAAUUGCAUUGGGUCCUAAACGAGGUCCAUCUGUUGCUGAGAAAGAAAUUCUGACCUGUAUACUUUGUCAAGAGGAACAGGAAGUAAAGUUGGAAAGUGCUGCCAUGGUAUUGUCUGCCUGUGUCCAGAAAUCUACUGCCUUAACUCAGAACAGGAGCAGAGUUCUUGAACUCUCAGGGGAUAUGCUGGAUCCUCUCUUCAUGCAUCCUGACUUACCUUGUGGGACUCACACAGGAAGCUGUGGUCAUGUGAUGCAUGCAGCGUGCUGGCAAAAGUACUUUGAAGCCAUGCAGCUGAAUUUCCGACAACGCCUGCACGUUGAGCAGAUCUUUGACUUGGAGAAUGGAGAGUAUCUUUGUCCGCUCUGCAAGUCUCUGUGCAAUACUGUGAUUCCUAUCGUUCCAUUGCAGGCUCAAAAAAUAAACAAUGAGGAUGCAGAAGCAGUAGCUCAAAUUCUGUCCCUGGCUAGGUGGCUGGAGAUUAUUAUAGUGAGGAUAUCGGGCUACAGUGUCAAAAAUGCUAAAGGUGAGAAGCAAAAUCUUCCAGCUUUCAUCAACAAGGGAAUGGGGAACUCUGCUUUGGAAUUCCAUUCCAUCCUUAGUUUUGGAGUUCAGUCCUCAGCCAAAUACUCCAGCAGUAUCAAGGAGAUGCUUAUUCUCUUUGCCACUACCAUUUAUAGAGUUGGGCUAAAAGUUGCUCCAAAUGAAGCUGAUCACCGGAUUCCUAUGAUGACCUGGAGCACAUGUGCUUUUACCAUCCAGUGUAUAGAAAACCUCUUGGAAACAGAGGGAAAGCCUUUAUUUGGAUCUCUGCAAAAUAGACAGCACAGUGGCCUUAAAGCAUUAGUGCAGUUUGCAGCUGCUCAGAGAACAACAUCACCACAGGUCCUGAUACAGAAACAUCUGGUUCGCCUUCUAGGAGUUCUUCUACCAAACUUUAAAGUGGAGGACACUCCAUCCCUCUUAGAAGUAGAUAUGUUCCAUGUUUUGGUGGGAGCUGUGUUGUCUUUUCCAUCUUUAUACUGGGAGGAUGCUGUAGAUUUGCAACCUUCAUCAGUUAGUUCAGCCUAUAACCACCUCUACCUCUUCCAUCUGACAACACUGGCACACAUAACACAAAUAAUCAUCUCUUCAGCAACAGAAUCCCCUGCUGCUCAGUCAUCUGACAACAGCGAGGAGGCAAGGGCUGCAGAGUAUUUCUGUAAGGAGGUUUGCCAGUACACCGGUGGAUGCUUUAGUCAGGAUAUUCCAGGCUGCCUUGUGUGGGAUUGUGUUAAAAAAGGCAUCAUGCCUUACCUUCGUUGUGCUGCUUUGUUUUUUCAUUAUUUGCUGGGAGUCCCUCCACCUGAGGAGCUACUGCAAGUUUCUGAAGAAGGGCAAUUCAAGGCACUUUGUAGUUACCUUUCUCUACCUACUAAUUUGUUCCUGCUCUUCCAGGAGUAUUGGGACACAGUAAAUCCACUGCUUCAAAGGUGGUGUGCUGACCCGGUAGUUUUAAGUUGUUUGAAGGGGAAAAGCAUUGCAAUAAGGUAUCCUAGGAAAAGAAAUUGUUUAAUAGAGCUUCCUGAAGACUAUAGCUGCCUUCUGAACCAAGCUUCUCAGUUUAGAUGCCCACGAUCUUCUGAUGAUGAACAAAAGCAUCCAGUAUUGUGUUUAUUCUGUGGGGCUAUGUUGUGUUCCCAGAAUACUUGUUGUCAGGAACUGGUGAAUGGAGAAGAGCUGGGAGCCUGUACUUCUCAUGCUCUGCAAUGUGGAGCUGGAGUCUGUAUGUUUCUGAAAAUCAGGGAAUGCAAAGUUGUCCUCAUUGAAGGUAAAACCAGGGGUUGCUUAUAUCCUGCACCCUACUUGGAUGAAUAUGGAGAAACGGAUCCAGGUCUGAAAAGAGGCAAUCCCCUGCACCUAUGUUGGGAGCGUUACCGGAAGCUUCAUCUGCUAUGGCAACAACACUGCAUCAUAGAGGAGAUUGCCAGGAGCCAAGAGACAAAUCAGAUCUUCUUUGGAUUCAACUGGCAGCUGCUCUGAGUCCCUUAAUUUUUGGUGAAAACUUUUACCUUUGGCAGUGCUUCGAAAAAGGAAAGGAGGAUUGCAUUAAAUAAUUGACUCUAGAACACAACUGAUGGAUUCUCUAGGUUGGAAGUAUUACUGAUACAUUGAAACAAUCUCAUGCUACAUGUUUUGGUCAUUUUUUUCUUUUCCCUCUUCCUUCUUUCCAAAAAAGGAAAACUACUUAUGUAAUUAUUUACAGAACAUUCAGAUCCAGAAAUAUUUCCACUUUUUUGAGAAAUUGUAAUUGUUUCAUAAGCUUUGAUAAGGACAGCUGUGAUUCAGGACAUAUACCAUGUUUCUGUUUCUUCCAUGCCUUGAGAAUAUACCUAAAUAUUGUUGCUGUGGAAAAGCCUUCUUUACUUUCUUUAGGUUCUUUUCCCUAGCUUAGUGAAGCUUUUAAAUAUGUCAAGAUCGGUGGCGUAAUACUGGAAUGGAGGUGGUGCCAGGCCUGUAGUAAUCCGUUCCUACAGGUACAGCAGACAUUAAUUUGUACAGAAAAAGCCUGGAUUCAUCUGUAUGCUGAGAUUUAAUGAAGAGUUGUCAGUAAAAAACUUCUAAAAGAAGUGUGGGAUGAAAAGUGCAUGGGGCAAUUACCAUCUUGCUUGUUGCAUUAAAAAGUGAAGUCCAUGCUUUUUGCAUUGCCAGAACUGCACUUUAAUGAAUUUGUCCUCUUAUUAGCAUAUAUCCUAGGAGGUCUAGGGCUGCACCAUUUGGCUAGACUGUGGUUAGCUUUACUCAUUUUAAAAUUUGUAUUCCGAGAUUUUCCCCAAGAACCAAAUGUGAAAAUACUGUUAGUAGCUGCAGUGUAGUUCUGCAACCAACACAACAGCCAGAGACUUCAGUAAAACAGAAGACCUUCAAAACUGCCACUGGCCUAAAAUCAAGGCACGAAAGAAUCAAUUUCUAGAAGCAGAAAUAAGAUCACCUGCAUUUGAGGAUUUUUCCACUCUUAGUCCUCUUUAACUAUUUGAAGCCCUCUUGCAUUUUGGGGAACAUCUUCAGUGGUUCAGUGCAGUUAGAGAAAAGAGGGAAAAAAGGUGGCUAAAUCUGUCUCUUUGCCCUUCAGUAGUUAGUAGCACAUUGUGAUUGGACUCUCUCUCAAUGUUUUGUGUUUGUGCUUCAGUUCUCGAUGUAUGUUGUACUGUUUCCUGAAUGUCAACCGUAACAGGAGGAAAUUUGUAAUGCAACAAGUAAAAAUACUUUCCCAUUUCUGUGUGGAAGUCCAAAGUUGUCAGUACUCUAAAUUUCCAUGCCCCUUCGCUGUCAGGAUUGUUUUGUGUCAUUUUAAUAAGGCUUGAAAGGGAAGUCUUCAAAUUAAUGUCAGAUAGCGGUUUUGUACAAUUUCUGUAUUUUUUUUUCUUCUGCUGAUCAUGUGAGAGAUAGUAGAAUCACGAAUGAUUAAUCAUAUUUAAAUAUUGCUCUUGUCCUAGAUUUAAAAGUUUUGAGAGUACGUAUGAGUGCACCAAAGAGCACCACAACUCUGUCUAAAAAUGGAAUACCAAUGAAUUCAAGUUGGUCUGACUUCAAGUACGUUUUUGUAACAUCUGCUAUAAAUAGUUGGCUUUUUCAGGUAUUCUGUUUCUGGCAGUUAAGGCCAUUCUUGAUUCAGAAUUUAAGCCUGAAUAUGAAACUCUUCAAAGACAAACAUUAAUUCUUUUAGUCUUCUCUAAAAUGUAUUUGAAACACAUACUGAAUUUAGAAGAACAGCUGUCACGAGCUUGCAUGCACUGGCAAUUUCUAAGGACAACAAAAUACUUCUUAUCACAAAAGAUCUUGGGUUAAGGCUAGCAAUUGUAUGCCUCUUUGAUACCAAAAUUGUGUUCACUUACUGUUUCUUUCUGAUAUUUACCUAUUCAUUUAUCAAAAUCUUUUAAGUUACCUUGCACUUCACUGAUACAAAAAUUCUGUUAUCAAAUAGGCAGUGAGUUCACUUUAAUUUCUCUGUCUGAACUGUUUUGUUUAAGGAUAGGAACAGGUCUGAGCAGCUGAGCUCAUGUUUAAAGCUCUAGAAAUCUCUUUGUAGCUGAAGAAGUGGGAGAGCAAAGUUGCAUCUUUCUGUACAUUUGCACAUAGUAGUUUAGCAAAUGGGCUCCCCUAUCAUUUACUGACUAGUGUGGUCAUCUUUCAUUUCAUAAACUACUAUGCAGUUUAGUUCACUGUGAGUAUAAUUUGUAUUUAGUGAUCGCAAGACGCUUAUGCCACUGAUUUCUGUUCCAUUCAAGCUGACAGAUGAAGUUAUUUAAUAAUGCACAUAUUGGUAUCUUCAAUUGCAAAAAUGUAAAUUUGAAACUUGUAUAAUGUUCUUGUGCUUUUGAAAUAAAAUAUCUUGUAUAUGUAUAUUUAAAAAAAAGGAAAUAAAGUAACUUCUCAUAGA